CUCAGUAUCCUUUUAAUUUUUUCCUCAGCGGCUUGUCGAUGAAGUUCCAUGUUUUCUGAGCGCUAAACUCUGCAAACUCAAACACUAGAAUUUCUUCGAUAAAACCCAACAAAUUCUUCCUUAAAAUCCUCCAAGUUUCUCUCACUAUAUUAUCUCUUUUCCAUCAAAUCUUAAUAGGACAACCUUCAACAAUCCACAGCUUCUUAGUAUUAUCGUUAUGAUAUUUUGAAACAUGGGGAAAGAGACAGACGAUAUUUAUUCCCUAGAUACGGUUCUUGAGGACUACUUGAGGAGUAUAGAAUCCAACACAGAUUCCCCCAGAACGGAGAAAGAUCGAAAAUCUGUUUCUCUAUGGGCUGGAUUCGUUCAAUUAUUUAAAAUUAAAUCCAAAAGUCGGUUAGCCACCUUACAUCCUCUUAACAUAUCGAAAAGAUUUAGCAGUAGCAUGCGAGAGGAAGUCCGUGUAUCACCUAAUCCUGUUAUGGAUACUAGUUUGAAAUAUGUCAAGCCUCGUUGCAAGAACUUUAGCUUCCGCAAACUCCAAAUUGCAACCAACAAUUUUUCACAAGAAUGUUUAAUCGGGAAAGGUGGUUAUGCUGAAGUUUAUAGAGGUUGUUUGCGGGAUGGCCAGCUUGUUGCAAUUAAGCGGCUGACGAAAGGAUCACCGGACGAGAGAAUCAGAGACUUUUUAUCCGAGCUUGGGAUAAUGGCUCAUAUAAACCAUCCAAAUACUGCUAAAUUGAUUGGAUAUGGGGUCGAAGGAGGACUGUACCUUGUCCUCGAUUUGUCUCCUCUUGGGAGUUUGGCUUCUCAGCUUCACAAUUCAGAUGAGAAGCUAAAAUGGGAUAUCAGGUACAAGGUUGCACUGGGAACGGCUAAAGGUUUGCUUUAUCUCCACGAGGGUGGUCAAAGAAGGAUCAUUCACAGAGAUAUCAAGUCUGCAAAUAUACUGCUCACUAAGGACUUCGAGCCUCAGAUUUGUGAUUAUGGGCUUGCAAAAUGGCUACCGGAGCAAUGGACUCACCUCACAAUUUCUGAGUUUGAAGGCACUUUUGGUUAUUUACCUCCUGAAUUCUUGAUGCAUGGCAUAGUAGAUGAAAAAACCGAUGUUUUUGCCUUUGGUGUGCUUCUGUUGGAACUUAUAAGUGGGCGACGAGCACUUGAUUACUCACAACAAAGCCUUGUUAUGUGGGCAAAACCUCUGAUAAAGCAGAACAAAAUUAGGGAGCUUGUGGAUCCUGCACUGGACGAUGACUACAACUUACUACAAAUGAAUCUCAUGAUUUUGGCUGCUUCUUUAUGCGUGAAAGAGUCUUCUGUUCAACGUCCUACGAUGAGUCAGGUUCUUCUGCUUUUACGAGGAAGCUGUGGCGGCAUAACUUUGAUCAGGAAAAGUGGAGAGCUAUCUAGUUGGAAGACGUAUUUCAAAGAGCAUUUUCGUGCAGAAGAGCACAGCCUAACCCGUGGCUCGAGUUAUGCAACUUGUCAGAAACAUAUAGCCCUCAAAGUCUAAAUUUCUUGUUCAACAAUAAGCAUCAAACAUCAAGCAGAAAGAAGUGUCCAAGCACACACUUAUGGCACUCUUGGUAGAGAAGACUAGAUAGCAUCGAGGAUAGCCAUCCAGUAGGCUAAAGAUGGAGCAAAGAUUUUAUCCUCAAUGCUUUGCACUUUGCAGCAUAAACUGGAUGCAGUUUAUAGACGUUUUGUAGAUUUCCAUCAAUUCUGUGGGAAUGUGACCGGCAUCCGUCCUAUUCCCGAGCGUGGAUGAGAAGAAGAUGGAACCAUGAAAAUGGAGAAGUUUUGACAAGAUCCAUAAUACCUGUACAUACUGUAAUGUGUACCUACCAAGUACCUUUUUAUUAUUAUUUUAUUUUAUUUUGUGUAAUUAAUGUUUAGUUUAUAAAGCAGGUUGUGCAAUUCUUGACAUUAUUAGUGUUCGGCAAAAUCCCGCAAGUG